UCUCUUUCUCUCCUGCGCGAGAUAUAUUUUACUAUUGGAGUCCGGAAAAUCACGCACAGAGGGGGAAGAAAGGGACGAUGGAUAGGCUUAUCCACUAUUCCGGCACCAUCUUCCCCUCCAAAAUCCAUUCAAACUCCUCUCCUCCUCUCCCUCUACUCGCCAGAAUCGACGCCGCAGUUUUCAAGCCACACUCGCCCGUUACCAACUCCCGGCGAGUGGUCAGCUCACUCUUCCGCAAUUAUGAAGUUUCAUUUUCUUCUCCUUUCGCCAAAUUCCCCACUAUGUAUUCGAUCAAACCGUCGUCAGUCUCAUACUCCACGCCCGAGGAUUCACCAGAUGGAUCGAAACCCACAACCCAUUUUGUCAAGAAAGGCGUGGAAAGAUAUUCCGAGUGGAGAAAGGCAGCCACUGCUGGAACAGUUGUUCUACUGUCAGCUCUUAUCGUGAUAUCAAUCAGUCCGGUCAUUGUGUCACCAGCUUUUGCAUUGUUUCCAAAUGCAGCCAACACCGGGGCUCCUAUUGCAGCUGCAGCAGGGGGAAAACUCCUCCGCGCAGAAUUACUAACUAGUGCUUGGACUGGUUUCUUUGCCGGUUGCUUACACACACUAUCAGGGCCUGACCACCUAGCUGCUUUGGCCCCACUCUCAAUUGGGCGCACUCGAAUGGAGAGCGCUGCAGUUGGAGCAUUGUGGGGAUGUGGUCACGACGCUGGACAAUUGCUAUUUGGGUUACUUUUCUUAUUACUGAAAGAUCGGCUCCAUAUCGAAAUCAUCCGAACUUGGGGAACAAGAGUGGUGGGCUUUACUCUGCUUGUUAUUGGUGCUAUGGGAAUAAGAGAAGCUUCAGAGGUCCAUGUCCCAUGUGUUGUUUUGGAAAACGGCGAGUGUGAUGUUAGUAACUAUGAAACUUUCGAAAACCGAACUAUUGGGAAGAAGAAGAAGAAGAGGAUUGGGUUUGCAACUUUUGCCACGGGGAUUGUACAUGGGCUUCAACCCGAUGCGCUGAUGAUGGUCUUGCCUGCACUUGCUUUGCCUUCUCGCUUGGCGGGGGCCGCAUUUCUAGGAAUGUUCUUGGUGGGGACGGUAAUAGCGAUGGGAAGUUAUACUGUGUUUAUCGGCUCGUGUAGUGAGGCUUUGAAAGAGAGGGUGCCAAGGAUAACUGAGAAGCUCACAUGGGCUUCCUCUCUUGUAGCAAUUGCUCUUGGACUAGCAAUCAUCAUUACCCAGUUUUUUGGGUUUAGCCUGUAUUGAGUCAUAAUUUGGCACUUCACACGCCUCCGUCCGUAGCAUUAGGAAAGAUUUUGAGAGAGAGAUUAGCAGUUUAGCGGCGGGAUUGGAUCGUUCUUACAGGAGUACGAGAGUUAUGGUUCUUGUUAUUAGUUAUUUACCUUCUGACGGUUGUAAGUUAACACCAUGCAGCUUUUUGACUUUGAGGAACUCUUCGCUGUUGUCCUGAAAACCUGGAUUUGUUUUGACAGUUGCUUUUAUUUUCUCUGAA